UUCAGCGUGAGCCAGGAUUCCUUUCAGAGAAUCACAGCAGCGGUCCAGGGGCUGAAAGACAGGCAGGAAGUGAAGGCAAGCUCUUACCUGCACCCUGACAACUUUUUUCAGCGGCAGAUCAGCAAGGCAAUAUAUAAAUACACCUUCCUACCCAAAAGAAAAGCGGGGGGAAAGAAUACAGAACUUCCAAUCUCUGCCUGCGUGCAAGAUUAAUUUACUUUUUGGAGAAACUGCUUAUUAAGAACUUAGAAACCUUUGCAGGUGUGAAACAGAAUCCGAUCCUUAAACAACAUGACGACCCAAAUAGACACUAGCAUACAUUACAACUAUGAGUAUGAAGAGGAUGAGUAUAUGAACCAAGAAGACGAAUGGGACAGGGACCUGCUCCUGGACCCUGCUUGGGAGAAACAGCAAAGGAAGACAUUUACAGCCUGGUGCAAUUCCCACCUACGGAAAGCAGGCACGCAGAUUGAGAACAUUGAAGAAGAUUUCAGGAAUGGCCUUAAACUGAUGUUGCUCUUGGAAGUCAUUUCAGGGGAAAGACUUCCGAAACCAGACAGAGGGAAGAUGCGUUUCCACAAAAUUGCAAAUGUCAACAAAGCCCUGGAUUUUAUCUCCAGCAAAGGUGUGAAGCUUGUCUCCAUUGGUGCAGAAGAAAUUGUAGACGGCAAUGUAAAAAUGACCCUGGGUAUGAUCUGGACCAUCAUCCUUCGUUUUGCUAUUCAAGAUAUUUCAGUAGAAGAGACAUCUGCAAAGGAAGGGCUGCUGCUGUGGUGUCAAAGAAAAACGGCACCUUACAGAAAUGUGAACAUUCAAAACUUUCAUCUUAGCUGGAAAGACGGCCUUGGCCUCUGUGCGCUGAUCCAUAGACAUCGACCUGAUCUUAUUGACUACUCCAAGCUAUCUAAGGAUGACCCACUGGGGAAUAUAAACCUUGCCAUGGACGUUGCUGAAAAAUAUUUGGAUAUCCCAAAGAUGUUGGAUGCAGAAGAUAUCGUGAAUACCCCCAAGCCCGAUGAGAGAGCUAUCAUGACUUAUGUUUCCUGCUUCUACCACGCUUUUGCUGGAGCAGAGCAGGCAGAAACAGCAGCUAAUCGGAUUUGUAAGGUGCUUGCUGUGAACCAAGAAAAUGAAAAGUUGAUGGAAGAAUAUGAAAGGCUAGCAAGUGAGCUUUUGGAAUGGAUUCGUCGCACAACUCCUUGGCUAGAAAACAGGACUCCAGAGCAGACUAUGGCAGCUAUGCAGAAGAAGCUGGAGGACUUCCGAGAUUAUCGCCGAAAGCACAAGCCUCCUAAGGUCCAAGAAAAAUGCCAGCUGGAGAUCAAUUUCAAUACGUUGCAAACCAAGCUGAGGAUCAGCAACAGGCCAGCUUUCAUGCCUUCAGAAGGGAAGAUGGUUUCGGAUAUUGCCAGCGCUUGGCAAAGACUUGAACAAGCAGAGAAGGGCUAUGAGGAAUGGCUGCUGAAUGAAAUACGGAGGCUUGAACGACUCGAACACCUGGCUGCCAAAUUUAGGCAAAAGGCUUCUUCACACGAAACCUGGUCAUACGGCAAAGAGCAGAUUCUGCAGCAGAGGGAUUACGAAGCUGCUUCUCUGACAGAGAUCCGUGCUUUGUUGAGGAAACAUGAAGCUUUCGAGAGCGACUUGGCCGCUCACCAGGACAGGGUGGAACAGAUCGCUGCCAUUGCCCAGGAGCUGAAUGAACUGGACUACCAUGAUGCUGCAAGUGUUAAUGAUCGAUGCCAGAAGAUAUGUGAUCAGUGGGACAGACUGGGAACACUCACUCAGAAAAGGAGGGAAGCCUUGGAGAGGACAGAGAAACUGUUGGAAACAAUUGAUCAGCUUCACCUGGAGUUUGCCAAGAGAGCAGCUCCGUUCAACAACUGGAUGGAAGGUGCAAUGGAAGACUUGCAAGACAUGUUUAUUGUUCAUACUAUAGAGGAGAUCCAGAGUUUAAUCACUGCCCAUGAGCAGUUUAAGGCCACUUUACCUGAGGCAGAUGGUGAAAGGCAAGCAAUCCUAUCAAUCCACAAUGAAGUGGAGAAAGUGAUCCAGAGUUACAGCCUCAGAAUAAGUGCCAACAAUCCUUACAGCACAGUCACUCUGGAGGAGAUCCGUACCAAAUGGGAAAAGGUAAAACAACUUGUGCCUGUAAGGGAUCAGUCGCUGCAAGAGGAGCUGGCCCGCCAGCAUGCAAAUGAGCGCAUGCGCCGCCAGUUUGCCGCUCAGGCCAAUGUCAUUGGGCCCUGGAUUCAAAGCAAGAUGGAGGAGAUUGCCCGAACCUCUGUUGAUAUAACAGGGCCAUUAGAGGACCAGAUGAAUCAAUUAAAGCAGCAUGAGCACAAUAUUAUCAACUACAAACUUAAUAUUGACAAACUUGAAGGAGAUCAUCAACUGAUACAAGAAGCCCUGGUGUUCGAUAAUAAGCAUACUAAUUAUACAAUGGAGCAUAUCCGUGUUGGAUGGGAGCUGUUACUGACCACUGUUGCCCGAACUAUCAAUGAAGUUGAGAAUCAGAUCCUUACAAGAGAUGCCAAAGGAAUCACCCAGAAACAAAUGAAUGAAUUCAGGGCAUCAUUUAAUCACUUUGACAGGAAGAAGAAUGGGCUUAUGGACCACGAGGAUUUCAGAGCCUGCUUAAUUUCAAUGGGUUAUGAUUUGGGUGAAGCAGAGUUUGCCCGAAUCAUGUCCUUAGUUGACCCCAAUGGUCAGGGAACUGUUUCCUUCCAAUCUUUUAUUGACUUCAUGACCAGAGAGACUGCAGAUACUGACACUGCUGAACAAGUUAUUGCUUCUUUCAGGAUCCUAGCUUCAGAUAAGCCUUAUAUCCUUGCUGACGAGUUGCUGCGAGAACUGCCCCCUGAACAAGCUCAGUACUGCAUCAAGAGAAUGCCAGCCUACAAGGGCCCAGGUUCUGUGUCCGGAGCUCUGGAUUAUACCUCGUUUUCAUCAGCAUUGUAUGGUGAAAGUGACCUGUAACCAGUGUGAACAUGGAUUAUUCGCAAAUGUCUGCUAUGGAUUAUUCACACCAGCUAUCUGGUCACUGUGAGCAAUUGAAACUAAAAUAUAUAAUAUAUAAUUUUUCAGUUUGCUCUUUGAAAAAAUUGGCAAGCUGACUUCAAAAUAAAUUUCUUGAGCUUAGCAGGUUCAUUCAGUAAGUAACUAUACCAUAUAACAUGUGUGGCUUUGAUAGGUUUUUAUGUUGUUUGUAUUUACUUUGUCAGCGUUAUGCAGUUACAGACUGCAAUGGCCCAGUGCCUGACCUGGUUGUUGUUGUUUUAACUGGGGCAGGGGCAGGGGACACACAUAAGAAAUAUUUCUCUCAGUGUCAAGUUAGGAAGCCUCAAGAAAAAUGAAAUAUCUAAACCUUUUGAAAAUCAAACCCAACACAGCUUUAAUAUUCAUGAAAUGUUUUCCGUAAGGAUUCUUCACACUUUAUGCAAACCUCCUGCGAUCUCCCUACAGUUAUCUCCUUUUUGCUUUCAUGCCAAGGUAAUGCUUUCAUCUACAGAUGCCAGAUUUUGUAUGCUUCUGCAGGUGGAGUUGCGUCUACAGUAGAAACAAGAAAAUGAAUUAAACAAAAAAUAUUUCUAGUAUCAUAUGAAACAUUUAUUUUUUUAAUGUGAAACUCUAAUUUGAAUCUCAGUUCGGCUUUUUGUUAGCAUAGCAUAAUGGAACCUCAGGUGUUUAUCGGCAACAGGCUGAUGAUAAUGUAUAACCACAGCCUUAAAAGCAAUACCUGGCUUUUAACUUGGCAACUGAAAGGGCACAAAAUUGAUAUUAGGGUAUUAGAAGGAAGCUCUAUAUGUCUGUGUUAAACAAGUUUGCUCUCUGCCGUAUUCAUUGUUCUGCUGCUUUUGGUGUUGAUUAAUACUGAAUGUCCAUUUUUAGUACAGCUAUGCAAUUUGUGUGGUCAUUUAUUAACUAUUUUCAUCUCAACAGCCUGUAGAGCAAUAAACCUUUUUACUUGAAGCCUAGCAGUCACAGCAAAAACAAAAACAAAAACAAUGCAAGCAAAUGGAAAUAUUCACAGAUGGCAACAAAAUCUGUACAAUCCAGUACUAUUAAAACGUGCCUACUAAAUAAAGUCAGUUUUUCAAACCUUAA